AUGGACAUGGACAAAAAAGAACUCGGUUUUUGUAAAGUGAACAAUUAUGAAAAUUUUGAUGUAGAAGCGUUAUUAAUAAAUAUUACAAGAACUAAAAAAUUGUACCAGUGUGUACAUGAUGAAAAUGCAUGUUCUAAUGAUGACAGUGAUAUUAAAUGCGUGCAUUGCCAAUCAUGGAAUUUUAUGAAGUAUAUGAAUACAUCAUGUACCAAUUGCAGUGAAAAGGAAAAGGUGAAGUUCGAAAAAUUAAUGUCACUACAAAGAUCAAUCGGUGAGUCAAACAUUCUGGAAGAUCUCGUCACAGAUGUGAUACCGUUUGAUUAUCCACAUCCAUCCAUAGAUGGCGAUCUGCAAAUGGACAUUAAUACACGUACAGAGUCAGAGGCAUCACUAAAUAUGAAAUAA